CACCGGAAGUGAUAAUGACGAUGUGUUGAAAUAGCUUGCCUAGGUGGAAUGCCGCUUGCUGAAUUGUGUAUCCCGUAUGUGUGUGUAACCAUCCCAGGCUAUUGAAAUCACUCCUGCCGUCACCGCCGGCAUUGUUACAGACACGUGAUCAAUGACGGCUUUGGUCAGCCAUGGCUAUCGUGUCAUGGAAGGAGAUUUUACUUUUGACUGGACUGGUGGUGGGAUGUUACUGGAACAGUUUGUCAUGCGGCUUUGUGUUUGAUGAUGUCUCAGCAAUCCUUGACAACAAGGACCUACGGCCCUCAACCCCUAUCCGCAACCUAUUCCUCAAUGACUUCUGGGGAACGCCCAUGGCUGAGGAGCGGAGCCAUAAAUCUUACCGACCGCUCACUGUACUCACCUUUCGACUGAACUACCUCUUCAGUGAGCUGAGCGCAGCUUCAUACCAUCUGCUCAAUGUGGUUUUACACGCUGUAGUAUGUGUGCUCUUCCUGCGAGUGUGUCGGCUGUUCCUGGACAAGACUUCCAGCUUGGUGGCAGCUUUGCUCUUUGCUGUGCAUCCCAUCCAUACUGAAGCUGUCACAGGUGUGGUUGGCAGAGCUGAACUUCUUUCUUCAAUCUUCCUCCUGGCUGCUUUCCUAGCCUACACAAAAUCAACAAGUGCAGACCACUCCAUUGUUUGGGCUCCCAUCGCUCUGACAGUUGUUCUAGUGGCUGCAGCAACACUGUGUAAGGAGCAGGGAAUCACUGUUGUCGGCAUCUGCUGUGUCCAUGAAGUAUUUGUUGCACAAGGGUUUACCUUGCCCAUGCUGUUAGACACACUGCGGCAAGUCCUGCAGGGUAAAGACGGUUUCCCCUAUGCCGUGCUGCAAACUCUGCUGAAGCUCAUUGUCCUCGUCAUCAGCACCCUGCUGCUUGUCAUCAUCAGGGUUCAGGUCAUUCAGUCCCAGCUUCCUGUCUUCACCAGAUUUGAUAACCCAGCAGCAGUCAGCCCCACUCCCACCAGACAACUGACUUUCAACUACCUACUUCCUAUGAACGCAUGGCUUCUGCUGAAUCCCUCAGAGCUGUGCUGUGACUGGACUAUGGGCACCAUUCCUCUGGUGGAGUCAUUCCUAGACCUCCGUAACCUGGCCACACUGGUGUUCUACACUUUUCUGGGCCUGCUAGCUUACCACAGCCUGCGCUACAGACACAGCUCUGCCAAGACCGUCAUCAUGGCCCUGUCUUUGAUCGUCCUGCCUUUCAUUCCUGCAUCCAACCUCUUCUUCCCCGUGGGUUUUGUUGUGGCAGAGAGGGUACUUUAUGUGCCUAGCAUGGGCUUCUGUGUUCUUGUUGCACAUGGGUUCAAGAUUGUCUCACAUAAAGGUCACUGGAAGAAGAUUUCCUGGCUAAUGAUUGGAGUGCUUUUAACUACACAUGCAGUGAAAACUUUCAACAGGAAUUGGGACUGGGAGUCAGAGUAUACUCUAUUCACCUCUGCCCUGAAGGUCAACAAGAACAAUGCCAAGUUGUGGAAUAAUGUCGGCCAUGCUCUAGAGAAUCAAAAUAAUUAUGCGAGGGCUCUGCGGUAUUUUCUCCAGGCCACUCGUGUUCAGCCAGAUGACAUUGGUGCUCACAUGAAUGUUGGAAGAACCUACAAGAACUUGAACAAGUCCAAAGAAGCAGAAGAUGCCUACUUGGUUGCCAAAUCUCUUAUGCCACAGGUUAUUCCUGGUAAGAAAUAUGCAACACGUGUGGCUCCAAACCAUCUAAACGUUUACAUAAACCUGGCCAAUCUGAUUCGGGCCAACGAGUCACGCCUCGAGGAGGCCGACCAGCUCUACCGACAAGCAAUCAGCAUGAGACCAGACUUCAAACAAGCCUACAUCAGCAGAGGGGAGCUACUGCUGAAGAUGAACAAGCUCACAGAGGCCCGGGAUGCCUACCUCCGAGCCUUGGAGCUUGACCGCACGAACGCUGACCUUUGGUAUAACCUGGCUAUCGUCAACAUAGAGAUGAAGGACCCAUCAGAAGCCCUGAGAAACUUUAACCACGCCCUGGAGCUCAACCCACGCCACAAGCUGGCGCUCUUCAACUCAGCACUUCUCAUGCAGGAGUCUGGUGAGCCAAAGUUCUGGCCUGAGGCUAACCGUCGCUUCCUCACCUACGUGGAGGAGGAGCCUGAAGAUGCCAACGGCUACUUCAACCUCGGCAUGUUGGCCAUGGAUGCCAAUGAAAACGCAGCAGCUGAACGGUGGAUGCGUAAAGCCAUUGGUUUGCAGGCCGGCUUCCGCAGUGCCCUGUUUAACCUGGCACUGCUUUACUCUCAGUCCAAACGCGAGAUGGAUGCGCUGCCUGUGUUGGAUGAGCUUCUGCGCCACCAUCCAGAACACAUCAAGGGCCUAAUUCUGAAGGGCGAUAUCCUCAUGAAUCACAAGAAAGACACCCGUGGUGCUAAAACCUGCUUUGAACGCAUUUUACGCAUGGACCCCACCAAUGUGCAAGGCAAGCACAACUUGUGCGUGGUCUACUUUGAGGAGCGUGACCUGCCACGGGCUGAGCGCUGCCUGGAGGAAACACUGGCCCUAGCACCGAACGAGGAAUAUGUGCGUCGUCACUUGAGCAUUGUGCGAAGUAAAAUGGCUGCCAUGAGCGCAGCCGGGCAGCUGCUUACUUCGGCAGACACCAUGACAGCAAAGGAGGAAAAGCCAAAGAGAGUUGAGGAGGGGACAAAGGAGGUUGCUCAGGGUGAGGAGGAAGGGAGGGGUGCUGAUGCCAUUGGAAAGGGGGCUGGGGCUGAGAAGAAUGUGCGGAAAUCCUCUCCAGAAAGCCUUGGAGGUGUGGGCGUGGACCAAUCAGAGUCUUUGGACAGUAGCCAGUCUGACAAGCGGACUAAGGGUAAGUCCACUAAAGAGAUUAAAGAUAUAGAGGAAAAAAGGGCAGCCGCCUUGAAGAGACUAGAGGAGAUAGAGCGCAUAUUAAGUGGUGAUUGACGUUGUUGUAAUUUAUAGCUGCACUACUUUUAUAGAGCUCUUUAAUGCUCUAGGAUAAGACUGCAUUUUCCCUCUCAAAAAUAUGUAUUCUUAAUCAAUUGCCAUUUUAUUUCUUUGAUUUAAUCAUGGGUUUGCGGGCCACUCAGCAUGGUCCUGUUGUUCUAACACUAAUCGUGUAAAGAAGGGAAACGUUGAUCAGCACGUGUAACUCGUUUAACAAUAAGCACAAAGCCAAUUUGGGAUAAUCUAUUUAAAGCUUAUGGCAGAUGUAGAUGCCAACGUGUGUGCUUCAUCUGAAUGUGAUUUCACAUAUCAUAGAUCUCCAGUAGUUAUAAAUAUUUGUUUUGUUUUUCCAUGUGUAGUCAUUGUUUAUCACUGGAUUUUUUUUUUUUCACUAAGAUGUGACUCACUCCUGUGUGUUAUUGUUUUUAAAAACAGAAUGAUUGUAUAAUGGACAAUUAAAGGAAAUGACGUGUUCCCCAGAUUUCCUCAAGGCAGGAUGAUAUCUACAGAGUGGAUGCCUCUAAAUAACCCAAACCACAGUACAUCAACGCCAGGCUUAUGCUCCAUUUCAACAACGUCUACUAAUCUUUAUUGAUCUCACUCGGCACUUCCUGCCUCUACAUCAUCAGCUUCUGUGCUCACAGCUGCCUUCACCUCAAAAUUUCAUUGUGAUCCCAUCUAAAAGACUAUUAUCUCAUUCCCUUUGUCACAUUACCCCCCUUUGCAUCUCCAUGCCUGUCUGCCAUACUUUAGACACUACAGUCUCAUGAGAGAUGAAUGUUUUUCCUGCUUUUCUCAGUAAACUGCUCCAAUACACACGGCUUUGACCUGGCCAACAACCACUUGACGUGACUGGUCAACAAUGACGCACUCUCAUCCACAGCGUCAGGCUUCAUCGUGUGUUCAUUUUCCAAAGUUCCUUCCACUUCACAGGGGGAAUUUUCACAGCACAUUUGCAGAAAACAGAUCUUCCCCCUUCAUCCUUUAGCUUACCGACACCAGGAUGUUCCACAUUUUCAACUUUUUGUAGUAGCCUUCGUAUUAACAGCUGUGAUCACUAUACUCAACAUCUCUCUGUAGUCACAACUAACAUUUAAAAUUUCUGUGGCCAAGCGCACAAAUUACUUAACGCAAAAGGAAAUUAUAAAUGCACAAAUCUCUCUUGUUCCUGAUUCCUCAGGCUUUUCUCUUCUAUCAUAACGCCACUGUAAAACCCAGUGCCUGAUUGGCUGCUUUCCAAGAGGUCUGGUGAUUUUAACAAUUAUCUGCUCUGAUUGAGAACACUUGAAGAAUUUAGAGGCCAAUAAUUGAUCAUCAAACAACA